UCAAAUUUCUAAAUUACGCUUUGCGCAUGAGCAGAGUCAUCUCAAAUUCUCAACUGGCUGCUCGACUUGCCCUCCAUUCCCAUUCGGAACAAUUCUGUUUACUUCUGUCAAGGUGUUGUCAAGUGUUUCUCUUUUUUUUUAUAUAAAUAACAUACAAUGUUGACGUCAAAAUUAUAGAAGUUUGAUAUAGUGGAGUGUUUCUUUUAAUACUGUAAUUGUGCGUGCAUCACACAAUUGAAAUGGAACAACUACAAACAGCAUUGACUACAAUCAAAGUUCUACGAUCGAGUGUCGGUCAAGUUUUCGAAGCACUUUCAAAUGGUCUUCGAGCUGACCAUGGAGAAGAAAACAAAGAAACAAAAUACCUUUGCGAACUUCAGGAACUUUUAAAUACAGUGGGCGUCAGUUUGAGGGAUGUCGAGCAGGCGAUCAACAGUUUAAAUCCACCUCCGGGUCCGUUUAACUUGGCAAGCACUUCUUUUCUUGGUCAGGAAACAACCCAAGAAAGGCAGGCUCUUUAUAGCUCUUUGAUUAAUAGUUAUAAAUGGACAGAUAAAGUUCAUGAAUACAGUAACAUUGCGCAGUCUUUGCUGAGUCAAAAUAAUCUAAAACGCUCCUAUACAAAUGCGAGCAGAGGAAAAAGAGGCAGAAUUCAGUCCAGCUCACACAAUUUAUCACCUCCGCAAGUUGACAAUGUUAUUGGACAAUUUGACCGACUUUUUCCUGAUAUGACGUUUACCAUUUCGCGACCAUUUGCAUCCAAUGCUGUUCUUCAAAUAACAUUGGGUCACGUAUUGAAAGCAGUGGUUGCUUUCAAAGGUAUAAUGGUCGAAUGGAUAGUAGUGAAAGGUUAUAAUGAGUCUAUGGAUCUAUGGACUGAAUCUCGAUACAAGGUCUUCCGAAAAGUUACGGAAAAUGCCCAUGCGGCCAUGCUACAUUUUUACUCGCCUGCUCUUCCUGAAUUGGCUUUAAGAUCGUUGAUGACUUGGUUCCACAGUUUGAUCAGCUUGUUCAACGACCCAUGUAAGCGGUGUGGCUUGUAUUUGCACAGUGCUUUGCCACCAACUUGGAGGGAUUUUCGUACUUUAGAACCAUUUCAUCAAGAAUGCAAACCUUAGUAAUAAGUCUUUAUUUCACGCGCUGAUUUGAAAUAUAAAUAUGUAAAUUCCUAAUGAUUUUUUAAAAUAGUAAAUAGUUAAGAAUAAGUUCUUCUGAUAUCUGAGUAUGAAAUAUAAACACAGUUUUCAUUUUCA